GAAAUGUGCACACGACAACAAAGAGGGCAUGCUUGCGCCAGAUGAAUUAGGACUUUCGCGUGCUUUCUUUCUAGACCCAUAGACACCCAGCUGCUCAGCUGAGAGGAUUUUGUCUUUGCAAAGCAGCCUCCGAGCACAUAUCCCAGUUAUCCCUCUUGGGCACUGUGCGGUCGUGUGUGGUUGUGUGUGGUUUGAGUCAUUGCCUUUCGAAGCAUUUUGAGUUCACUAAGUUAUGUUUCAGGCAACAAGUCAUUUUGUUAAGUCUACGAAGCUUGAAGGGCAAGGCAAAGUAGGUCAGUGAUACAGCAAGACAAGACUAAGACAAGGAAAGCAAUCAGACAACGUCUCCAGUCAGAUCAUGCAAAGUCUUGAGGCCCAUUUCUCCCAGUCUUUCUUGUUCACUGACUUGAGAUGUCUCAGCUGCCUUCCCUUUGAACAAACUGUUUAUCAGAGCCCUGCUAGUCCAGCAGGCUUUUGCAGCCCAAGUCUUUGUCAUCAUUUGAUGAGCCAAGCAUUUCUUGCGUAGAACAAGCUCCCACUGUACGAAUCACCAAUCUCUUGGACGUGAAAUAGGGGAGAUAGUAGUCACCUCCGAUGGUUUGGAUGAAGUUUGCAGACAUUGAACCCCAGUCUUCAAAGUUCUCCCUGAUGGGUUGCUGAACAUGCACUGCUUGGGAGAUGUGUGCACAGCCUCCAAGGGUGUCACUGGCUUUCCAUGUGCUGCAAGACAGCCGCACUAGCUUGGGACCCCGAACGGAAUGUUACACAUGCAGCGCACACUCUUGGCAUCUUCUAUAGGAAAGGCCUACAUGUGUCUUGGAUUGGCAAAGGUGUUUGAGCAGUGCACUUCCAAUUUAGCAACUACCAGCCUAAACAGGACUGCCAUCCAUGAGGCACAAAACUCUGCUGUGCACAGGCACGAAAUCCGUACUGCCUGACCAUCAGAUUGUCUGUCUCAUUUUUUGAGUCAAUCUCAAGAUGUUGUGGGUCCUCCAAGUCAUUCUGAAGCCGUUUGAAUCCUCAGCUUCCUUUAACCCUUCCUCGGCUGGCGCCACUGAUUUGACACAUCUUGCCUCAUUUUCAAGGCUCUCACAGCAAGAGCCAGUCAGCCAUGGGCCAUAUGCGAUCCUGACGCAUCAGAGAACAGAUCGCUUUCAGGCUAUUUCAGGCCAAUCCCGUCACCGUCACGGUGAGGUUCUCGGGUUGAAGCAGGCGUUGGUCUCUUGCGUCUCUUGCGACCUGCUUUGUUCGGGCCAAUCCGGAAUAACACUUCCUGCUGCAAGCCUUUUCCAUUUGCAUUUUACCUUAGCCCAUGAAAAACGUCUUACGGAAAUGCAGCAGCUGCAAGCAGGACUUGCACAAGAGGGUUUUGUGAUGUUUUGUGUGCCUCCCAGAGUGUGCUUAAGUUUGGUUGGGUAAUUCGAAAGGCCCAUAUUGGGGAGGCAGUGUUCAAAAAGCCUUGACUGCCACAACAUGCAGCAAGAGGCUGACUGUUUACAUCUCGCAAGCUGAUCCAGUCUCAUGCACAUGCACAUCUCGCAGCGCCAAGCUGAUCCCGUCUCAUGUGAGCACUACAUGUUUUGACCCACACGCGACCCACACGCUUGAUCACUUCCAAACAGCAUUUUCUGGAGCGUUUUGCGGUGCACAAAGUGCACCUUUGACUGAAGCUAUUCCAGAUUAGCAUAAUGCUUGGGCACCUCAAGUAGGUGCUGCACUGUGCUGAAAGCCGGGCCAUGAACGAAAGCAAGCUUUGCCAGCAAAGGCCUUUUUAGCGCUUCGGGUUCAAGAACCUUCAAUGGGAACGUCCAAGGGCGUUCGGAACUGAUUCAGGUGAUGUGGCCGCAGCCAAUUUAUAGCUGAAAUAAGCCGGCGCUCUUGCUGUUGGAGCUCCUUAGCCAAACAAAGAGCUGAAGUGGCACCAACAGCCACUGCAGUCAACUGCGCAAAGGUGGCCUGCAAAUGCAAUAAGACCCGGCAAGGCCUUCAGGCAGUGUAAAACGUGUUACUGUAAAGCCUUGAAAUCAUUUGGAAAGUGUAAAGUGCAUUUGCAUGUGCGCUUGGGACUGUCGAGAUGCUAUCCAUUUCUUUACCAACAGGUUCUACCGUUUCCGCGAAAUAUGUCAAAAACAAGAGACUUCUAAGGGCGAGCAGCUCAUGUGUUAUGUGCAGUCACGUGGACAACAGCCACGAUCGAAACCUUUUUCACGGUGGUGAAGCUGUUCACGAUACAACUCUGGCUGGGCAUAUUGUGCAGGGGCCUGCACACUGGACUGGGUCGCACCUGACCCAUCUCCACUCCCUGAUGGAGUCUUGUGUUGGAAUGAGACGGAUGAAGCAUGUAAACCAUGAACUUGAAGGAUCUCAACAAAGCCGGCCUUCACAGCUGGUGUUUGGUUUCCAAGGGCAUGGGAAACGAACUCCAAAGUGACUGACCCAAGGGUUCCAGGGUUCCAGGAUGCGUUGAAACGGCAUGCCUCUGGGAACAUCGAUGGGAACCCAUCUCCAGAAAUCUAGAACCGCCUCGACGGUCUUGCCUUACCCUUUUCAGAGCUCACGAAUUGAACUCAAGUUGGAUUACAGGCUCUUGAAACACAGAAGCGAGAGGGGCACUGGCCCAAAGCCUGAUUGAAGCUGGUGUCAGCUCCGCAAGCUUUUCUCCAGAGCCUUUUGAUUCCCGAGCUGCCGAGAGAUGAUCCAACAAGAGCUGUUUGUGGGGUGUUCCAUGCCAGGUCUUGUUCGAAGCAGAUCAGUUUCCAAACCAGUUGGCAUUCAUCCAGGUACCCGUUCAGUCAACGGGCAUGGAGACAUAGCAGACACACGCACGUGUAAGUGCUGAGUGAGAUUUGUUCAUUUCAAAGUUCCAGGAGAUUCGAGCCGGCACCAGUGCUUGCUGUAUCGGUUUGAGUGGUUAGCAGUAAAGCUCCAAGCUCCACUUGAAAAGCCGCUGAAACCCGUUUUGCUUGUUCACCCAGGGCUGUGAGCGGAGCAGACCCAAACAGCAAAUUUGACGUUUCAGACUUGGGUGUCUUAGGAAGUGUUCCCGAGUGUUUGUUGCUUGCGACUCUCAGCUUUGGGUUUGUACAGACCAUGCCGUGCAAUUGCAGUCUUCAGGGAUCCGACACAGCCAAACAGCUCCUGCGCCAGCAGUACCUCAAGCAGUAUCUCAGGCACCCGCAGCUGCACCAAUCUACAGUUUUUACUUGAGCAAAGCUCCAGCUGCAACGGCCCAGUGAUGCCACUAGUGAUGCCCUGUGUUUUGCUUUGUUUAUCGGGCUUCAAGCCGAGAUUUCAGCACACAGAAUCCGACCUUUGCAAGAGCUUGCCAGACUUACUGGACUUCGCGGACUUGAGCUUGUUCACCAGAACCAGUCAUUAAGAAAGGCAAAAACCAUUUCGCAGAGUCACCAUGACCAGAUUGCCAGGCAAUAUGCGCUCAGGCGAGUACUCAGGCGGUUUUUUAAUUCCAGACCAUCUCAGGUUUCUUGAAACUCGGAGCUGAUCGCUAAAGAAACUCCCAAAGGUAAAGAUGCCAGCUGUUUAGAUGCAGACAUAUCAGAUUGUUCAUACAAACCUUGCCGCAAAGGGACAUUUUGCAUUGCUUCAACCAGUCAUUUCAUUUGCAUUCAUCGCCUUGCAGAAUGGAAAGGCUUUGCCGGUGUCUCACCCUCGGAAGGUCCUGUUUCAAGUCGAAGAGUGCAUUCAUCGCACCACGCAUUGGCUCCCAAUGACCUCUUACAGAUGUUCUGAAAGAGACAUUGGCAUUUGUGGCAUGGGCCAAUGUGAUGAUGCAAAAUCAAGCAUUGCAUACGUUUGCUAUCUCGCACUGUGUUGUCCCAAGCAAAGAUGUCAUAAAUGUUGUGAAAGCGAAGGCACUUGAAAGUAGGCAGUUUAGCUGACGCAUUCAGCAAGUUCUGUGGAGAACUUUAAGAAGCGAGCUGAGUGUUUCACUCGAUGUUGAGCGGACCCCGCCCGAUCGAAAUCAAGCCUCGCAAGAAGAUGCCGAUCAAAUUUCAAGAGUUUGUGAAACUCGGUCGCGCCUCAAAGAAUGGCCGCUGCUCCGAGGUUACAAGAGUAUGAGGUCGCCUCGUCCGCAAAGACCUCUCAAAGCAGCAAUGGGAAGCGUAUCCCUUUGCAAAGCUUUUGAGCGCGGUGCGCUCCUUAAGGGUGUCGAAUCGCAAGCGACCCAAGCUACGAGGUCACCGAACACCAAAGCUGCCUUCUGAGUACAGUACAUCCACUAUGAAAGACCAUUUGAACAGAUUGACGGCUUCAAAGACAGAACUGAGGAGAGCAUGUGACAGUACAAUGAGUCAAAUGCCGAUUUGCUGCGCCAUGCUGCGCCCUUUCCAUGCCUUUUUGAGAUGCUUAAGGGCCCUGAAGAGCUUUGCCUAGCGGUGCUGAACUUGUCACAUUGUAAGAACUUAUCUUUGCUUCGGAGUGGCUUUGAUAUGUCAGCUGUUCACAAAUGUUCACAUGCACAUCCCUGAGGACCUUUUACGCUGCAGACUAGGGUCGAUGUUUCCCACAAACUGAAGGCAUUUGCACAUGCUGUCGGUGCUUUCACGCUCGAUAAAGGUCGGACACCUGGAAGCGUUGAGACCUGAUUUCGAGAGUUUGUUGGAGCAGUGGGGGUCACAGGAGACUAGAGAGGGAUUGAAGAUUGACGGCGUGAAAUCCCAAACAUCCUGAACUCCUAAACGAUGUGGCAUUGAUGCAAAGCAGCAAAGCAUGGCAGGCCAAGUCACACAGUGCAGAGAAUAACAAUUGACUUGACUGUUUCUUUUGCUCGUGCUUUGCGAAGGCUUCCUGCCGGCUGAAACACUUCAGAUCUGCUUUCUUGGUGGCUGAGCUAGUGUGAAGAUGUGUGCGGUGCAUCAUGCAAUUACCCGAGGUGUCAGCAGUUCUCCUCCAACGUCAGCCAUGUUUAGCCACUCCUGCUGUUUUGCCGACAAGGGCUAGCCGCUCGGUAUGUUUGGCCACGAAGAGAACCGCUGAGGCUCAGGCUAAGAACGUUUCUCCAUGGGUUGGACAUAUCCAAGUGAUUCAAAAGAAAAGGGCUUCCAGAGCCUGGAAGCAGCGGCAGCGACUUGGAGGCCUUGCGCAGGCACAUCGUAGAACAUUGUGGCAGACCUGUCCUGGGCUUUGAAAACAUGCUGCAAUCACUAGCCGCCAGCCCUAACAGCCCUAGCGGCUGCGCACUGGCUGCAGAAGAGUCUAGGCCUUUCGACCUUGGUGUAGAACAGCUGAGAAAAAUCCACAUUUCUCAUAUCGCUUUUGGUGGGCGAAUGUCGCAGAGGAAACCCACAAAAUCACUAAUUAUGUUUCUAGCCGACAGCCAUACCAGCCAUUCAACUUUUGCUUGAAACGAAGGCUAAAGCAGCUAAAGCGGAACUGGGAGAGACGGGUAAAGUUCUUAGCUCCAAAGACGCACUGGCUUGGAGAAGUGCAAAGAUAGCAGGAAGGGUCCUGACUCUUGGCACUGAGCUCGGCCAAAUUAUAAGAUCUUCUCAGGAGGCAGCAUGCGACCAGACCGGACUAAGUUCCUAAGAUCCCGCACGGCAACUUGGGCAACAUCAGUGACAUCAGCAUCUUUAAUUUCAGAGGUUGCUCCAAGUGCGUGGCAACGAAAGCAUCAAGUGCUUCAAUGCCCGCCAAUCAGAUUAGCUUAUUCAAGCUCCCUAUAGUCUGAAGCAUCCAAAACGGCAGAUUCGGGCAACAAAAGCAAAACACUCAAAGGGACUCGAAUCCUUUGCAAAGUUGAAUCUUCACAAGAUUUCCAUUCCAUCUCCUAGAGUGCUCACUCCUUUCCCUUUGUCUUCGCUACCAUACGCAUCCCGGUGCCCUAAAGCUCGCGCAAAAGUAGGGAUCGUCAAAUGACCUCUGAGAGAAGAAUAUCAAAUCUUUCAAAUGCCAGUUGUGAGACUGCGAAGACCCAACCUUCGGGAGUGCGCUUUGAUGAUUUUGAUGAGAGCUGCGACGUCCAUCUCUGGGUUUCUACGCUUCAGCUACCGGAUGCUACAAGGAGCGCGAGCGGUCCAAGGAGCCCUUGCUGUCCAAGCAGUCCUUCAAUCAACCCACAGCAGGUGCAGCUCAAGAUGCUUCAGAUGUCAGUGUGGACAAUUAGACACGAAAGAUACACACGUCUUCAAGUUCUUCAACUGUGUAGUGGCAACAUCAACAACACAUCUCCUUGAGUGAAAUUAAGCCGUGUCCUGACACAAAGUCGGCCGCUAUUAGCCAGAAGACCUGGCGGGAAAGACGCGAAGUGACAUCGCUGCUUGGUACAUGUGCUUCAAGCAUUGCACAAACAAAGCAAACCCAGAUUCAGAAACUGCUGAGUGUGAGGCAAUUUGACCGAUCAGUGAGUGUGCGAUUUGGCCGAUGUGACAGUGUGAACAUGACAGAUUUUUCGGACAUGGCUUUGACUACUUUUGGUAUGCACGCAGCUUUCCUUCUAUGGCAACGGCCGAGCUACGUUCAGCCUAUUUAUUAUACAAUCUCAAGGCGCAGCGCGCGUCUAACCACUGGAUCGACUGGAUCUAUUUCGCAACGUUUUUGCAUUUGAUUCGGAGGUGGUUCUUUUUCAUGAGAUGAGACAUGUCCAGCAAGUUCAAGUUGGGCAAUCACAGGACCACCCAUCGAGUCAAUAUACAAUCCAACAUUUGAAUACUGGACUACGAACACAGCUCUCAUUUGGUGCUUUCUGUCUCCCAGCAUUUGGCUCAGGGAGUCAGAGCCUUAAGAGGAAAGUCCGUGAAAAGAGCAUUCAGAGCAUGCAGAACUUCUCAGAGCUCAGCAGACCUCAGUCACCUUUCUGGCUGAAAAGGCAUUACGGUGACUUUCAGAGUGCUUGAGAGGAGCUGCGAAAACCACUGAAAGAAAGAUCCGAUGCAAAGGCUCAACAGCCUGGCUCUUCCACCGGUGAUAAGACCAACAAGACUUUGCGGCGGAUCUUUGCAACUGAAUCCUAAAUCUCUCAGGAGAAAUGGCGUGCCG